GUAAGCCCUACCUAUUAUUGAUGGCCAAAUGGAUUUGUCCUCGAUUUGCCGCCAUUUUGUUUGUGCGAAUUAGGUAGGAGGAGCUGCAAAAAUUCAUUGUUUUUCGCAGAUUUUACCUCGAUUUGUGUCCACUGAGGAUACUGGAAGGCUGCAAGGAUGUAUAUCAAACAGGUGAUCAUCCAAGGUUUCCGUAGUUACCGGGACCAAACCACCAUUGACCCCUUCAGUCCCAAGCACAAUGUUGUGGUUGGGAGAAAUGGAUCAGGGAAGAGCAACUUCUUUUAUGCAAUCCAAUUUGUCCUGAGUGAUGAAUUUAGCCACCUACGUCCUGAGCAGAGGCAAGCUUUGCUACAUGAGGGCACAGGGCCCAGAGUCAUCUCUGCUUUUGUAGAGAUUGUCUUUGACAAUUCUGACAACAGGCUGCCGAUUGACAAGGAUGAGGUGACACUUCGCCGUGUUAUCGGCUCCAAGAAGGACCAAUAUUUCUUGGACAAGAAGAUGGUCACGAAGACAGAUGUGAUGAACCUCCUGGAGAGUGCUGGGUUCUCCCGCAGUAACCCGUACUACAUCGUCAAGCAGGGAAAGAUUAACCAGAUGGCGACAGCCCCAGACUCUCAGCGUCUGAAGCUCCUGAGAGAGGUGGCUGGCACAAGGGUGUACGACGAGCGCAAGUCAGAGAGUCAAAACAUCCUCAAGGAAACUGAGGGAAAGCAGGAGAAGAUUGAAGAACUGCUGAAGUACAUUGAGGAGCGUCUGGCAACCCUAGAGCAGGAGAAGGAAGAGCUGAACCAGUACCUGAAGUAUGACAAGAUGAGACGAUCCCUAGAGUACACGAUUCAUGACCACGAGCUGAGGAAUACACGCAACCAGCUUGAGGAUCUUUCCAAUAAGCGAGACAAGAGUGGGCAGCGCUCACGGGAGCUUCGUGAUAACGCACAGGAAGCUGGAGAUAAAUGCAAGGAACUGAGUAAAGAUAUCCGUGAACUGAAGGCCAACAUGCAGGCAUUGGUUGAGGAGAAGGACCAGCUGAUGUCUGAGAGACAGGAUGUGUUCAAACGCAGGGCUAAGCUGGAGCUGCGUGUACAGGACAUGGAGCAGGAACUGCAGGGGGACAGGGACAGUAAGACUCAUGCAGAGAUGGAACUGAAGAGGCUGCAGGAGGAGAUCGCUGAGCGACAGGAGGAGCUGGAGAAGAUCACUGAACCCUACAACCAGCUCCGCACCAGGGAGGAUGAAGUCACCAACAGGCUUGCCACCUGUGAACAGAAGAGGGCAGCGCUGUAUGCCAAGCAAGGUCGUGGGAACCAGUUCCGCAAUGAGGACGAACGGGAUAGAUGGAUCAAGAAAGAAGUGAAUUCACUGAAGAAGACUAUCAAUGACAAGAAGGAACAGAUUCGCAAGUUGACGGAGGACAUAGAUAGCAACAGCAGACGUCAGGAGGAGUUAGGAAACCAAACAAAGCAACGAACAGAGGAGAUGGAGAACCUGCGGGGCCAGAUGGACGAGCUCAACAGGAAGUACUACGAGCAGAAGACACAGAAGGACCAUCUGCAGAAUGAGCGCAACUCCCUGUGGCGUACAGAGAACAGCAUGCAGCAGUCCAUCGCAGGGACACAGGAGGAGCUCAGUAAGACACAACAGCAGCUACGCUCACUCACUGGCAAGGCCAUUCUGAAUGGAAUGGACAGUGUGCAUAAGAUCCUGGACAUGUGGCGACGAGAUGCACACAAGAAGAAGGUGGCUGAUGGUUACCACGGCACAAUGAUCGAGAACUUUGAAUGUGACAAAAACUUCUUCACAUGUGUGGAGGUGACUGCUGGGAACAGAUUAUUCUACCACAUCGUGGAUAAUGCAGACAUUGCAACAGAGAUCUUGAAGGAGAUGAACAAACGUAAGAUGCCAGGAGAAUGCAACUUCAUGCCACUCAACCGCCUGGAUGUGAGGGGCACCAACUACCCAGAGACACCAGAUGCUCUGCCCAUGAUCAACCAGCUGCGCUUCGACCAGAAGCUGAACAAGGCCUUCCAGCACGUCUUCGGCAAGACGCUGAUCUGCCGCAGCAUGGAAGUGGCCACGCAGUUCGCACGCACACAGAACCUGGACUGCAUCACACUGGAAGGUGACCAGGUGAGUCGCCGGGGGGCCCUGACGGGUGGAUAUUACGACACACGGAAGUCACGGCUGGACCUUCAGCAGACUAAGGUGUCCCUAACACAACAGCUGGAGGCACAAGAGACAGAGUAUGAUAUCAUGAAACAGAAACUGGAUGAUAUUGAAUCCAGGGUGACCAAUGUGCUCAGUGAGAUGCAGAAACUGGAGACUAGAAACAGCAAAAACAAAACCAUAUAUGAGCAGAUUCGCAGUGAUGUAGCUUACCUAAACGGGGAGUAUAAACGGCUCCGACCCGAUCUCAAGAUACGUGAAAUGGAGCGUAGUCUGGCCAGCCAGCAGUCAGAGCUGGAGGCCAUGAGGUCCACCAUGGAGUCCCUGCAGGCAGAGAUGGGCACGUCUCUGAUGUCCCAGCUCACCGUGGAGGACCAGGGAGAGGUGGACAGUCUGAACGACACGAUCGCAGCCCUGCGUCAGGAGAACAAGGACGUGCUGAAGAGACGGUACGACUUGGAGCAGCGGAAAAACAGGCUGGAGAACAAGAUCACUGACAACCUGAUGCGCCGUCGGGAGCAGCUACAGAUGGAACUUCAAGACAUUUCUGUGGAGAGUAAAAAGUCCCGGUUGGACACGGCCCGAGAGGAGCUGAGCACCCUGGCCAGAGGCAUGGAGUCAACAGUGGCCAGGCUAGAAGACAUAGAAGGUGAGGUGGACCACAUGAACAGGGACCUGUCUGAACUGCAGUCUAAUCUGGAGGAAUGGAAGAGAAGGGAGAAUGAGCACUCGGAGAAAAUCAAUGAUGAUGCCAAGGAGCUGGAGAAGAUGACCAACAAGCAGAGCCUGCUUCUAAAGAAGAAAGAGGAGUGUAUGCGCAAGAUCAGGGAGUUGGGCUCACUCCCCAGUGAUGCAUUCGAGAAGUAUCAGAGCCUGUCCCUGAAGGCUUUGUUCAAGAAGCUUGAGCAGUGUAACCAGGAGUUGAAGAAGUACAGCCAUGUGAAUAAGAAGGCGCUGGAUCAGUAUGUCAACUUCUCCGAACAGAAGGAGAAGCUACUGAAGAGAAGGGAUGAACUGGACAGGGGACACAAGUCCAUCAUAGAACUGAUGGAUGUGCUGGAACAUAGGAAAUAUGAGGCUAUCCAGCUCACAUUCAAACAGGUUUCAAAGUAUUUCAGUGAGGUAUUUGAGAAGCUUGUCCCGGGUGGAAAGGGGAAACUGAUCAUGAAGACAGAGGCACCAGAGAACCCUGAGGAUCAGGAGGGAGCCAGCCAGGCAUCAUCUCAGACCAGCCUGCCUCCUGUAGAGCAGUUCACAGGGGUGGGCAUCAAGGUGUCGUUUAACGAGCGUAAUGAGGGCAUGAAAGAGAUGCAGCAGCUGUCCGGUGGCCAGAAGUCUCUGGUGGCCCUCACCCUCAUCUUUGCCAUCCAGAAGUGUGACCCCGCCCCGUUCUACCUGUUUGAUGAGAUCGAUGCAGCUCUGGACUCCACCCACAGAACAGCUGUAGCACAGAUGAUCCAGGAGCUGUCGUCUGACGCCCAGUUCAUCACCACAACCUUCCGUCCUGAGCUGCUGGAGACGGCAGACAAAUUCUACGGAGUCAAGUACAGGAACAAGGUCAGCCACAUAGAAACCUGUGUCAAGCUGGAUGCCAUGGAAUUUGUCGAAGAUGAUACCACACGCCAAUAGGUCAGCCACAUUGAAACAGUUAACAAGGAUGAGGCUCUUGACUUUGUGGAAGACGAUUUGCCACACCAGUGAGGAAGUACAACCAUCAGUAUGUUACAACAGUCAACACAACAGGCUUGUCCAAUAUUAGGCAAACUACCUGAACAAAGUUCCACAUUCCAUUAAUACAUCUAGUGAUGUAUGUUUACCUGGUUGUGAUAGACAGCUGGUUCUAUUUAAUGUGUGCUUGACUUCUCACCUGGAAACUGGCAUCAGAUCAUCCUCGAGAUGCGUUGGUUGUUAAGUUCAGUUAUAGAUUCACUUCACUUCAAAUGAAGUUACAAGGCUAUUGUUUUCAAAAUUAGAAGAAAGGAAAUAGAGGUGUUAACGUUGUUCAUGCAAAGAUAUCUGGAGAAAAUGUACUUCAUCUAUUUCACUUUUGUUGUGGAGUAAAUCUGUAUCAACACAUCAAUUCCUUAUUAAGUUGUGACAGUGACUGUUUAGAUUUAGAUGGAUUUGGGCUGGUCAAAUUUAUAAAAAUUGUAGUUUUUUUCAAUUCUGAACCAGUAUUUUCAUGUUAGUUGUAGUUCUUGCCAUGUAAUAGAUUUGUUAUGUAUAUUGCCAACAAACAUUCCAAACAUUUACUGAUGAUAGUGUGUGUGUAUCUUAGCAUGCACCUAGCAUUAUAAAGUUGUAGUUUAUUGUUGUUGUUACGUUUUCUACCUAUAUAGUAAUCAUGAUUAUAUAAGAUUGUAUCUGACGAUGUUGAGGAUCGUUAUACAGUUGUAUUUGCAAUAUCUCAGAAUAAAUGUGUUGACAUUUUCAUUUUGA